AUGGACUCAUGGCUUCCUGGAUAUACAGACUUCACUCCUUACUGUUUCAUAGGAUCUGAUCCCUCUAUCCAAGUUGCAGAUCUCAUUGAUGAACAUAGAAAUUGGGAUCUAGUGGCUAUUUCAACUAACUUCGGGCAGAAGUUGAAGAUACCUUCGAAACUUCGCAUCUUUGUGUGGAAAGUUUUCCAUAAUGCCUUACCUGUCACUGCUGAACUAAACCGUAAACACAUUUCAGACACUCCUUUUUGUCCAUUGUGCAAAGCUCAUAGAGAAACAAUAAAUCAUGCACUUUUCUUCUGCACCAGAGCCAAAGAAGUGUGGCAUCUAUCACACCUAACUUUUGAUCUCAAAAUGGCUGUUACAUCUACACCUGAUGAAUUUUUGCUUUAUGUCUCAGCUAACACAUCAUCUUUUGAGUUUGAAAGUUUUUUAGUUUGUUGUUGGAGUAUCAAGUUCGAACGCAAUGCUGAAUACAAUGAGAAAUUGACCAAACUGCCUGCUGCUAUUUUGGCUUUUGCAACAGAUUACCUUGCCAAAUACCAGGCUGUUCAUGCACCAACAAUGAAUUCCACUUCCCUCGCUGGUCCAUCUACCACUCCAGCUCCUGCCUCAACUAUGGUUCCACCAGUUACACCUUGGACAGCUCCUCCUGUGGGCAAAUUUAAAUUAAACACAGAUGCAGUCUGCAACAAAGCUCUUGGAAUAAUUGGAAUUGGUGCUGAUUUGAGAGACUCCAGUGGAUUCAUUAUUGCUGCGUUAUCAAAAUCAAUGAAGGGGUGCUUCAAACCUGAAGAAAUGGAGACAUUGGCUCUUGCUCAUACUCUGAAAUGGUCAAUCAACCUUUGCUUAUCUGCUGAAUUCAUUGAAACAGAUUCUUUGAUGGUAGUUCAGGGUUUAAAAACUGCUUUUACUUGUAAUUCUACUUUUCACACUAUUUUGAAAGAGGUUAACUAUUUAGUAUCCUUUUUCCCACGAGCACAGAUCGCACAUGUUAAACGAUUUGCUAAAACUUAUGCCCAUGUUUUGGCUAAGUUUGCUCUUACGGUGGAUGUUGAUUGUUCUUGGUUGGAGGAAUUUCCACCUCCACUUAUGACUAUUAUGUAA